AUGCCAAACGAAUCGACGAUUAAGAAGCUCCCUAACGAGCUUGUCACCGAGGUGGCUCUGUACCUGUCGGCGGCUGACCUUCUCAGUCUCGGAAGCACUUGUCGGGCAAUGAGGGCUUUUGUCCGGGAUGCAGACCUUUGGACGGUGAAAAUAAAACGGGACUUUGGAUGUGAGGGGCUUGAGUUCCAAUGGGAGCAGAGUGAUGACGGGGCGUAUUCUUCAAGAGAGCGCCAAAGGAAGUAUAUGAAGCUGGAGGAGGGCAAUGGUCACUACUGGCGAAUCGAGCAUAAUCCACGGAGUCCAUUCGGUCGCUCUCUCAAUCUCGGACAUCGCUGGGUGUUUUGGCUCCAUGCUCACACACGUCUCCGGAUUCCUCCAGGUCGUUACGAAGUAUCGUUUGGAUUACAAGUUGUGCAGCCAAAUCCUAUGUUACGCUUCGUCUCAUUCAAAAUACAGGAAAAGCCCCCCGUCUCCGAGACUUUAGACGGAGAAGCUCAGAUGUAUGCGGAUGAGAUGAUACGGUUCCCAAUGGCAGAGGUUCAGUCAACGUAUCUCAGGGCCCUAUCAACUCCUGACUUUAGGGAAGUUACAUGGCAAUCGACGUUUCUGGUUCGAGGGUCUUCGGAGAAGGGCAAGGAAUGGGGUGAAGUCGAGGUGGAGAUCAAGGAUACCAGCGACAUGCCUAAGACCGGUGUCAACCUCGAUUACGUGAAAUUCAAGAGAGUGCAUGUGGAUGAGGAUACAAUAGAUCCCGUCGCAGAAGGCGUGAAUGAGCGGCCAAUCAUUCGAGAUUAUCCCAGACGUCGUCGGCGCGGAGACAGGACUCCCGAAGAGCCUGGAUUGAAAAGCCUUUUUACUGGAUUUUUCAGCAGGAUUGGACACGGUUUAUUCUAG